AUGAAUCAAGACCGUGUAGAGGCUUCUGGACCUAAUGAGCACCCUAGUACACCUACAUUUCUCCAAGUGUAUAAAAUGUUAUCUAUCUAUUCUUUAUUAAAACCACCAAAAACUGGAAAUUAUGUAGAUGAUGUAUUUGAUGGUAAUAUACAUAAUUAUUACAAGGCAAAUGUUGAAGACUGUGUGUUAUAUUAUAUUUGUGGCUAUAUCACCAAAAAUCUCACAAAGCAAWUAAAAUGUAAAGAUUGCCUUACUGUAAUAACUGGUAAAAAAACGUACUCUGAUAAACCUGAAGCUACAUUUCUCAAUUUAAAAUCACGGGGAGUUAAAAACGAAGAUWUUCCACCUUCUAGUAUUGAAGAAAAUGGCAUAGAAGGUAAUAUAGAAGAACGAUUGGCUGCUUUAGAAACGGCAACUGAUGGUACUGGUAUGGGACUAUUUCAUGCUUUUAAAAAUAUUACUGAAAAAUAUGGUAUAAAUUGGCGGGAAGAUUUGUGCGCUCAAUCUUAUGAUGGUGCUGCAUCAAUGCAGGGAGAAUAUUCCGGGUUAAGAACGUUAAUUCAGAAGGAAAACCCGAGAGCUUUAUAUAUAUGGUGUUUUGCACACCAACUAAAUUUAGWRAUAGUCGAUACGUGUGAUUGUUGUGAAGACACAAGGMAUUUUUUUGGUGAAGUGCAGUCAUUAGUAGCAUACAUGCGAGCAAGAAAAAGAACAGCUGUAUUUGUGAAUUGUCAAAAAGAAUUGAAUCCAACUGAACGAGUAAGACGGUUAAAGCACUUUUCUGAUACAAGGUGGACAUCGCAUGGUCGUGUUAUUGAUGUAAUACAUUUAAAAUAUAAGGAAUUAUUAAAAACAUUAAGUAUAUURAAGGAGUCAAAUGAUAGAGUAACUGCUUCGACAGCAAAAAGUCUUAUAAUAACAAUAACAACAUUWGAAUUUGUAUUAUCAAUGAUAUUACUAAAAAAUAUAUUUAAUAUUACAACUCCACUUUCCAAUUAUUUGCAAAGUAAAUCGCUUGAUUUUAUACAAGCCUUAAAAUUGGUARAUUCAUGWAAAGUAAAGUUAACAGGCAUGCGUUCUGAAGAAGAAUGUGAUUCAAUUAUAAAUGAAGCAAAAUUAUUUGCAAGAACUCAUAAACUUGAUGAUGAUUUACCAAGCGAUUUUAAAUCAGUGAGGAUAAGGAAAAAAAAAUGCCCGGUGAAAAUACACAAGACCAAAUUCCUGAAUCGCCUAUUGAAAGAAAAAAAGCCACUUCCAGUAGAUUGUUUUAAUUAUAUUUCUAAUUGGGUAAAAGGUAUUGAUACAGCAAGUUUAAGGUUAGAAUAUAUUCAAUUUAGUAGUAGUUUAAGUGAGUUACUAACUGGAUUAAACUUGACUACUAAGUUACAUGAGGAUAAUAAUAAGUCCAAUUACAAUGAGCUACUUAAUGCAAACAUUAGCAGUGAUGACGAUGAUGAAGAAAUUAAUGACAUUUCUUUUGGCGAAGGAACAGAAAAUGUAAUUAAUAUUGAGACCAUUCUUCAUGUACUUUCUAAUUACACUUUAGUGGCUGCUUUUCCAAACUUAUAUCAAGCUUUUAAAGCACUUGGUACAAUACCAGCAUCGUCUGCAUCAGCUGAACGUUCUUUUUCAAAGGUAAUACUUUCCCCAGAUGACAAAUUUUAG